AUGUUGCGCAGGACACUGGGCCCGUGUUACUAUGAACUGGCCAAGGAUUGGAUGCCCACAGCCAGUAUGUGGGGUACCUUGGGACUGGUGUGGGCCACUGACUGGUGGCUGAUCUGGGAUUGGGUGCCCUACAUCAUUGGCAAGUUUAAGAAGGACGACUGA